CCCUGGCCCGGCAGGCAGCCUAGGAGGAAAGGCAGGCAGGCCAGCAGGCGGGACCAGAGGGAGGGGCGGCCUUCGGCAGCGAGUGGAGCACUGGAGCCAGGUCAGAGAAAGAGGACAGGGAGGCCUGCCUGUGUCCUGGGACACCCUGAGACGGCAUGCGACACCCCUCAGCCCCCUGACCUGGGAACAAGUGGUGCUUCCGGAAUCCUGGACUAGACCCCAGAAGCAGGCUCAGUGGUCCUUGUGGCCACUCAGAAGGAGGCAGCAGGAGGCUAGGAUGGGUUCAGAGAGCACCCCCCCGAGAACAGUUUUGCUGCUGGGGAACCUGCAGGCCGUCACCACAUCCUGGCUCAGGUUGGGAACGGCGUCACCCCUCCCUACUCUGUGCCCCCUCCUCCCCGAAAUCCAUCAUGGAGAGUAAGGAUGAGGUCAGCGACACCGACAGCGGCAUCAUCCUGCAGUCGGGCCCCGACAGCCCCGUCUCCCCUGUGAAGGAGCUGACGCACGCGGUGCGCAAGCAGCAGAGGGCCCUGGAGGCGCGGCUGGAGGCGCGGCUGGAGGAGCUGAAGAGACUCUGCCUUCGGGAGGCGGAGCUGACGGGUAUUUUGCCAGCAGAGUAUCCCCUCAAACCAGGGGAGAAGGCCCCUAAGGUCCGCCGCAGGAUCGGAGCAGCUUACAAACUGGAUGAGCAGGCCUUGCACAGAGAGGACCCCCUGAGCAGCCUGGAGCGGGAGCUGGCCCUGCAGCUGCAGAUCGCUGAGGCGGCCCGGCGCCUGUGCCGGGAGGAGAACCUCAGCAGGCAGGCCCGGCGGCAGCGCAAGCACGCCAUGCUGCAGGAGGAGAAGAAGCUCAGGGAGCUGGAGCGCUGCCUGGGCGAGCAGCGGCGCGCCAGCGGGCCCCCUUCUACCGCUGCCCUGCCCCUGGGCCGAGAGCUCAGUGCCUCAGAUGACAGUUCUCUAUCAGAUGGGCUGCUCCUGGAGGAAGAGGAGUCCCAGGUGCCAAAAGCUCCCCCGGAGUCCCCAGCUCCACCUUCCCGGCCUCUCCCACCCCAGAGCCUCGAGGGCUUGGAUCCCGCGGAGCCUGAGACUGGGGGCCUGGAGCGGGCCCCAAUCCAGAACAGCCCCUGGAAGGAGACUAGCCUGGACCACCCCUAUGAGAAGCCCAGAAAAUCUUCUGAACCCAACAGCGAGUCCAGCAGCCCAGCCACCACACCCCAGGAUGGGCCCAGCACCUCCAGCCUCUGGCUGCUGGAGCCUGCCUCCUACCAUGUGGUUCCCAUCCGCAGCCUUCCUGGCCAGCGGCAGGGCCGCACCAGUGCCCCAGCCACCCCCGAGAUCCAAGGCAGGAGGGGCCAGUCUCAGUCUCUGAGAACGGAUUCCUUCCGGGCGGGCCCCGAGGGCCGAGGUCGCAGCGCCUUCCCCCGCCGCCGCCCCACUUACUACACCGUGACGGUGCCCGAAUCCUGCUUUCCCCCGACCAAGCCCCCGCUGCCCCACCCCGCCUACCACUCCUGCUCGGAGGACAGCGGCUCCGACGUCUCCAGCAUCUCGCACCCCACGUCGCCCGGCAGCAGCAGCCCCGACAUCUCCUUCCUGCGGCCGCUGUCCCCGCCCCAGCCGCCUUGCCACCGCGGGGCCUGGGGCCCGGCCGGCGCGCUCUACCCGAAGCUGCUGCUGCCCCCCGGGCAUUUGGCGCCCGGGCGCUACGUGCUGGUGGCCGAGAGCGCCCUGCCGCCGCCCGCCGAGUGGGAGCUGGGCCGCGCCGCCUUAGGCCCCGCCUACGAGGAGGACCUGCGCUGGCAGCGCCUGGUGGCCCCCCACGGCCGCGUGCUGCGGACCCCCUCGCUCAAGGACAGCCCCGCGGGCCGCGCGCUCAGCAAGGCGGCCGUCUCCGAGGAGCUCAAGUCGUGGCACGAACGCGCGCGCCUCCGGAGCAGCCGCCCGCACUCGCUGGAUCGCCAGGGGGCCUUCCGUGUCCGGAGCCUGCCCCCCGGGAGAGAGGGCUUUGGGCGAGCCCCGGGUCCCCGGACACAGGUGGCCACAGUGUAUGUGCCCCGGAGAUCACCCGAAGGGGCCCCCGUGCAAGUCUUUGUGCCUGAGAAUGGCGAGAUCGUCAGCCAGGUGUAACCAAGGCCUGGUGUUACCGUGUGCCCCCCACACCCCGGCCCGGCUACUGGAAAAGACUUGUCCACAACAGGACUGGAGCCGAGCCCUUCCCCCCUUGAGUGCCUUCUUUAGCUCCUUGACCCCCAUCGCAGGUCGAUGAGCCGGGGCUGAGCCUUUUUUUUUUUUUCCAGAAACCCUGACUUUAGGAUUUAUAUUUGUGAUAUGUGCUCAAAAUCCCUAUAAUAUGAUGACGCAUUAUUCCCCAGAGCUUGGUCUACUGGACUUGAGGCCUUGCCUGUCUGACUGACGGCUUCUGUCUCCUUCUGCAAGCGGCAGGGGAUGCAUGAGGCCGAGGUCACGUUGGGAUUCCUCACAGACUCGGGAUUCCUCACAGACUCGGCCCUUGGGCUCCAAGAACAUCCCCAGGGACCAGCUCCUGACCCUGGGACUGCAGCUAGAGGCAUACUAGUGUGCCUCCCCCACCCCACAAUUUCCUAGCUCUGUGGGUACUGUAGGGGUGUGGGAGCAGGGGGAGAAUCGUCUUCCCCCUUUAUAAUGUGCUCUGUGAUGCACACACGAAGUGGUAGGUUCAAGAUUCUAUGUCCUGGUGGAGUAUUGUCUUCCUGGAUGGACCCUGUCUUUUCCUCACCCUGUAACCCCCAAACCCGCCCCAGUCAUUUACCAUGUGCUGUCUGUGCCCUCUGGGCUCCCACAUCGACUCAGACCUCUGAGCCUUGAAUUUGAGGCUUUGCCAGAUUAUAGCAUUCGGAGGCCCAGGCUGGGGGCUGGCCUGUGGUGUUUGGCGGGGGGCAGCUCAUGCUCUGACCAGCUUCUCUGGGCGUCGUGAAGACUGGCAACCCCACCCUUCCUUCUGUCACCUUUUCAUUGUAGUCUUAAAAAGCAGUGCCUUACCAGGUGUUUUUGGAAAGGCCCCAUGUCUGUGGUGUGUUCUUGUAGGCAGGGGUGGGGGUCCCUGCCCUGCCGCUCUCCAGCCAGCUGUGCUUCUGCUCUGAGACUGGGUUUCCUUGAAAGACGGCAAGUCCUUAUUUUUACGGAUAUGGGAUUACUCCCUCUCAAGAGCAUUCAUUAAUUGUCCCGUGUGCUAAGACCUGAGCAGGCCUGGAAACGGCCUGUGCUAAGACCAUCCCGUAGUCCCUGGGUCCUCAUCCUUGGGCCUCUUUGCUCUCAGAGCUAAGUUCAGAUUCUGUCCAUGCAGAACCCUUUCCCCUCUGAGUGCCCUGGACUAGGACAGAAACUACAAAUACAGCUUAAACCUCCAAGAACUUUGGUGCCUGACCCCAAAGAAAUCCAGUUCUCCCCCUCCUGGACAGAAGGCGGUGUGGCCAGCUGUGCAAGGUUGCCAAGGGAGGAGCUUAGGUGGCCCGUCAGGAAUCUGGGGGAGGGGAGGAGAGCCUGGGGAUAAGCACCUGCAUACCUGUCACUACACUCUGACCACAUCCUGCAACUCCCCCACUUUUUGGAUGGACACUGGCCCCAUGACAUUUGAAUCUCCUACUUUGGAUUCUUGUUCUCUUGUUUUGUCUCGAAGCCCCUUUCACUAAUGUACAGUUAUUUCCCCUCCCCGUGUCCUUCUGGGAGCCCAGAGCUCCCUAGGCUGAGCCAGGAGACAUCCGAGCGCCCCCACACACAUGAGUGUCCCUUAUGUUAACUUAUUGGUCCUGUAUGAUGCCUGGUACUUGGCUGCGGAGCUGAAACUGUGUGGGUUUUAGUGCCAAAUAUGUCAAUAAAGUCUGUUCUUUGUGAUUGGUUGA